AUGAUUGGACUCGGUCGCCUUUCUACGUCCCUGGCACGAGGACUGACCGCUGCGUACCGUUGCCAGCACCAUCUUGCGCUUAAACUGUCUACCGCUGCAUCACCUUUCGUGUGUGUCUCAGAAGAGGUGCAGGAGGCGCUGGCGAAUAGACGAGGAGUGGUGGCGCUAGAGAGCACUAUAUUAACUCACGGCCUUCCCGCCGACCGCGCCCACCGCCUAGGCGUGGACGUGGAGGCGGCAGUACGCACUCACGGGGCCGUGCCGGCCACUGUCGCUAUCUUCGACGGAUGCCUCCAUGUCGGACUGGCCCGAUCCGAUCUUGAUCGUCUUAUCGACGCGGCUAGCCAGGGCAACGCCCGAAAGGCUGCCAUUCGCGAUCUGCCUUUCGCACUAACCUGCUCGGACCCCAGUCGCGUCUUCGGCACCACCGUCUCCUCCACCUCCUUUGCCGCCCAUUUCGCUGGCAUUCAUGUGUUUGCCACUGGCGGCACUGGCGGCGUGCAUCUCGGUGCAGAGGUCAGCAUGGACGUCUCCUCGGAUCUGCUGACUCUCGAGUCAAUCCCUAUUGCAGUUGUCUCCGCCGGUGUUAAGUCCAUUCUCGACAUUCCGAAAACACUUGAGGUGCUAGAAUCAAGGGGUGUGACUGUAGCCAGUGUUGGAACAGACAUCUUUCCUGCCUUCUUUACGAGGAACUCCGGUGUCACGUCACCUGGAAGAGUUGAUAGCCCUGAAGAAGCUGCACGACUCUUUGCUACAAGCCUUGCUAUACGACCUUCAUCAGGAAUGUUACUUGCCGUUCCGAUCCCCGAGCACAUGCAAGCUGUCGGUGAAACAGUAGCCAGAGCAAUUGAGAAGGCUCAUAAGGAGGCUGAGCAGGCUAACAUUACUGGCUCCAAUGUAACACCUUUCAUGCUAGAAAGAGUUAGACAGCUUACCGAUGAUGCGUCUCUGGAGGCAAAUAUUCGUCUCGUCCUCAAUAAUGCCAAAUUUGCUGCCCAGACCGCCGUCAACCUCGCCGUUCACAUGAACGCACUCAGUGGCAGAAAUGCACCUGUUGGAAACCCAGAAAUUGUAGUUGUUGGUGGCUCCAAUGUGGACAUGACAGUCAAGUUGCGACCUGAGAAACUAAAAACUACGAAGGACAUUUACCCUCCUGCAAGUUAUUUGGGAACAGUUGAGGUUCUCGGGGGUGGUGGAGUUGGAAGAAAUGUCGCUGAUGCGGUGGGGAGACUCUCUUCGUCACACAUUUUCCUAACGGCUGUCUCGAAUGAUGCUGAUGGUCAAAGCCUACUUUAUAGCCGGCCCUUUAUUUCAUGGAAAACGGCUCCUAUUUUGGAAUUUUCUCCACAUACAGCAAAAUAUAUAGGAGUGCUGAAUUCAACUGGUGAGUUAUUGUUUGGAGUUGCAGAUAUGGACAUUCACAAACUGGUGACUCCAGCAUUCGUUGAAAGUGAACUCAAAAAGCUGGCACUAUCUCACAUUAAGGUUAUCUGCGCCGACGGAAAUGUGGACACGAAUACUCUAAAAGUGCUCAUCAAUAUCGCCAAGUUCCACAAGGUUCCAUUCUGGUACGAGCCAACAGACCUACAUAAGUGUACCAAAAUUAUUGAUGCAAUAACUCGGAACCAGCCGAUUGAUGCGAUUUCCCCAAAUCUAACUGAGCUCAAAGGUAUUUACCUGAAGGUCACCAACAAGCAGUUGCAAAUCAAUCCCAGCUCCCAUCAAUCCCUGGUGGAAUGUGCCGGUAUGAUACGUCGAGAUUUGAUCCCUCUGGCUGCCAACUGGUUUGUAAAAAUGGGAAAAGACGGUGUGGUGCUCGUCAAUCAAGCAGAAGCGUACCAUUUUACAUCCCCAGUUGUAAACCAGGCAUCCAUAGCAAGUGUUUCGGGUGCAGGUGACACUUCUGUAGGUGUUAUACUUUAUCUUCGAUACAUGAAAAAGUGGUCGUGGAAGAGAGCCGUCCUGGGAGGAUUGAAAGCUGCAGAGCUCUCAUUAGCAUGCAAAAAUCCCGUGCCAGAUGCACUUAAGCCGGAACUUUUUGAUAAUGAAGGAAACUUGAAUUUCUGGGCAAAGAAGAUUCAAGUGAAUGCUUUGUGA